UUGUACUCGAUUUAUUUCCGGUCAGCGGUAUGUACAGUUAGAAAAACCCGCCAAAUUUCAACUACCUUCCAUUUUGGAUAACGAAGGAAGGCAAAAGCGAUGGAUAAUUACUGUAUCAUUAUAAUUGACGAAGAAUCUUUUAAUGGAGAAUUUGCACGCAUAAACGAUCUGGAGGAAACUGUUGAGCGAUUGUUUGAACGGCUUCUACAGCACGAUGAAGUUUUCAAGCAAUCGUAUUGCCCAAAGUUAAGGGAUUCAGACCCUGUUGCCUCCCUUCUUUGCCGAUCAACACAGACAUACCUUUCAAUUAUUGUUGCUAAGAAACUACAAAAUUUUCAGGAAUCAUCUUCAGAUUGUUUAUGGAAUCCAUUGUCUGCUCCAUCAUUGUUUCACAAAAUCAAAGAAAGUCUCAAACCUUGUACCAAUACACACAGCUCUGGCGAUGGUGAUGCUGAUGAUAAUGAUAAUGUCGAGGAUAACAAGAUAGCAACACGUCUCCAUCAGCUUGCGGAUAGCCUUAUAGGAAAAGAUGUAUCCCAGUUAAAUGUUUAUUGGAUUUGUGCUGAACCGGAUACAGAUCUUUCCAGGGAUAAUCUAUUGCUGUUUGGAGCUUUGAAAAGAUUGCAAAUUUGGAAUGGAGCACACCUGACCCUGAUCACAUCACAUCAAGACGAUUCUGGUUAUGGGGAGUUGAUAACUGACUCCUGGCUUCAGCCAUUAUCUCCAACUGUCAUUACUACAAGCCACAUCUCAGUUUAUGUCCAGCGUCCAUCCGAUGUCAUUUGGCAAGGUGCAAUCAAAUAUAAUAGCCAGAAGUUGAAGAGCCUUGUUUCUUUGCCUGACUUUGUUUUGAUACAACAAUACAAAGAGAAAGAGGGUUUGUCCAAGAUUAUUGAAGACUUUUCCAAGAAAUUUGAAGACGAAAUUGGUGGGGAACCUUGGUACAAGAUUUCUGGGAUCCAGCUCCUUCACCACAUCCACAGGGAUACCAUCCCUCUUUUCAUGUUCCUGCCUGUGAAGCUUAAACUUUGUGCAAGUAGUCAUCGAAGUGGCUGCCAACAUUUUAUGGAAAUGCUAAAAGAAAUUACAAACGAGGGCAUAGGCUUGGCCGCGUGCCUUAGCCUGGUUCCAUCAGCAAGCCCAAAGACUGGAAGGUCAACCGAUGAUUGGAUGAGACUUGUCAAGACUGAUUCCUACUUUACAUGUGCACGUGAUUUGUUGCCAACCAAUAGGAGGCUGUGUUUCAUCACCAGCAAUAGCGAGGGAUCUGCUGACGUGUUUAUCUUCCGAAAACCUGAAUCAUUCAAUGGUGCCUUGCCUGAGAUGCUUACACAGAUCGCUACCCACUCGAACGUUGUUCUGGACUUUGCCUCAGAUGAAACCAUGACCAUCCCGGAUUUAGCAGACGUAUCAGUUGAUGCAGAUGAGAUAUACGGCCAUCAAGCAGUCUGUGACCUUUUCAAGGACAUAGAAGAUUCAAUACCGAGUGAAAAUAAAAAGCUACUUGUUUUAGGUUAUGCCGAAUUGUACAGGAAGCUCAAUUUAGGCUGGGCUUCGGAAAGGCUUUCAUCGGGCCAGUGGGUCACCCUGAAUUUGAGCAACGUCAAUGUGCAGGAACCUAUCACUGAUUCAACUGGAUUGCUGGAGUCACCAGAAGACUGGCCUGAGAGAAUGUGGCUGAGAAGAAACGACCCUGCAGAAAUUGCUGCGAGAGAAGCAAAAAAGAAGGCACCAAUUUCAAUAGAACAAAUGCUUUCCCUGGAUAUGAAGGAGACGUUGAAGAUGUUCCGUCCUGACGGAAGACCUGUGCGAGAUGACCUGUCACCCCUUAAACCGACCACUACAAGAGGCCUGGUUCAGCACGUGUCCAUCAACACAACCCAAGAUGAGAUUAAGAGAACCCCCUAUCCAGAGGCAUUGAGCAUGAAAUACCACGGAGUCGAAUACUGUCUCGACGCACACGAUUCUCUCACCCGGGAUACAGAGAUUGCCCUUACCCACACCUCUGUCGUGAAGCAAGAGACCCUGUCCUCAGGGGCCGUGCCGGGCAUCAAGAAACUGGAGACGAGUACGCGAAACACCCGAUCAUCUGCUUCGGGUGCGAAAAGUCGAGUUGGUGUUGGAAUGGGCCGGACAAGGGGUAGCGUGGCCGAAAAAAAAGCGACAACGAGCUCAUCCAAAAGACCAUCGCCAUCCGCUCCAGAAACAAAUAAAACAGCAAAGCGCACGCGCAACGAACCUUCUGAGAGGGAAGGUGCUGACUCGGAGAGGAAAGAAAAAUCAACCAAAGAGACGCGAUCGCAGCGACAUAAAAGGAGACUCCGUCAGGUAGUAGAAGCGACCUUGGAGAGUCAUGGGUUAAAUCGGCAGGAUCCCUUAUUUGCAUCAUGCACGGAAAGGCUUUAUGGUCUGACCAAGAGCUUUCUCAAGGAUCUGAAGUCCUCGCAUGGCUUAAAUGACGAGAUGAAGCGACUGGCUCGUAGUAACGUCAAUCAGGUUAUUGAAUUCGAGAAGACGCAAUCUCGUUUGGAGUCCAUGAAAUGACAAUAAAAUAUUCUUAGAAAUAUUAGAAGUGGCUAACCGGUAGGCUAGGUUACCACGUCUUGUCUUUGCGGGCUAUCCCGCGGGAUCCGGAAGCAUCCCAAAUCUAUCCUACAUUAUCCGGAUCCAGAGGUCGUUGCAGGCUAUCAUGCAUCAUCCCGGAUGAGGGUAGAUAUAAUUUCAAUGAUUCGACCCCCCUCCCAGAACAAGAAAUUUGUAAAUUGAAAAAUGACAUCCUUCUAGUAUUGGCCUCCAUUCACCCCCAAUUUUUUUCCUUAAUAAGGAGGUGAUAUAUUAUUCUGUAGAUAUGUUUGAUACGUAAACCUGUAAAUAGCGUGAUAAAUCAAUUUAAGGACUUUGCAAUAAGGAAAUUAAUUUACAAAAGAAAAACGAGUUAAAUAGAUAGGGUAUGCUAGGACGAUAUGUUAGGGAACUGGAUAUUAUUAAAUGGUUGGCUUUUGGUUA